AUGUUGCCCCUUGUAGAGCCAUUCGCUGUCGAAGCUACCUUGAUUGAGAUCAGUGUUGGAUCUCUCACGGCCGGUCCGUCGGCUUAUGCUGGAGCCCUGUGUCUCUCUCCUCACUCACUCUUCUUCUCCCAGAAGUCUCUACCAUCCUUGGCCAUGGGGUUGGACAGUGAAGUUGGCACUAAAAACUUAGCCUAUGAACCUAUGAAGAAACUAAAACAUGGUGGAUUUAAGGCCAACCGUUUUAUCUUUGCAAUGAUGUUCCUGGAUAACAUAGGCUUUGUGGCUAACAUGGCAAGCCUGGUUUUAUACUUUAUGUUCGUCAUGAACUUUGACCUCUCUGGCUCCGCAACCACCACAACAAAUUACUUGGGCACUACAUUCUUGCUCACAAUCGUUGGAGGGUUCAUCUCUGAUGCCUACAUGAAUCGCCUCAACACGACUCUACUCUUUGGUGUAAUCGAAUUGCUGGGAUACAUGUUGCUCAUAAUUCAAUCCCAUGACACAAAACUGCAACCUUUACCUUGUGGAGAAUCAACCUGCGUGCAUGGCACAAAAGCCCUGCUGUUUUAUGCUUCGAUUAGCUUAGUGGGACUUGGAGGAGGUGGAAUCAGAGGAGCUGUCCCUGCUUUAGGAGCUGAUCAAUUCGACCACAAAGAUCCAGAGGAGCACAAGUACAUAGCCAGUUUCUUCAAUUGGUUUUUGCUUAGCAUUACAGUUGGUGCUGUGGUUGGUGUCACGUUUGUGGUGUAUGUGAGCUUAAAUGUUGGAUGGGACAUAGGAUUUAUCAUCUCCUUGUCCUGUGCUGCUGUUGGUCUCAUCUUUGUUGCUCUGGGAAAGCCAUAUUAUCGUGUUCGAGUGCCAGGAGAAAGCCCGUUGAUAAGGGUUCUAGAGGUUUUGGUGGUGUCUGUAAAGAACUGGAGGUUGGUGGUACCCCAGAGUCCUGAUGAAUUAUUGCUAGACAAGGCAGCCGUUCUCCCUAAAGGCACGAACGGAGCAGGAAAAUGGAAAGUUUGCAGAGUCACACAAGUUGAAGAAGUGAAGGUCUUGACAAGGAUGAUGCCUAUCCUUCUAAGCACAAUCCUCAUGAACACAUGCUUAGCCCAGUUGCAAACCCUUUCAAUCCAGCAAGGCACCCUCAUGGACACACGCAUCGGCAGUUUUGACGUCCCAUCAGCCUCAAUCCCAGUGAUUCCUCUAGUGUUCAUGUCCCUUCUCAUACCCGUGUACGAAUUUGCUUUCGUUCCCAUUCUGCGAAAAAUCACAGGUCACCCCAAUGGCAUAACCCAUCUGCAGAGAGUUGGUGUUGGGCUUGUCCUCUCAGCCAUCUCAAUGGCCAUAGCAGGGAUUGUAGAAGUGAAGAGAAAGCAUGAAAUCAUUCACCACAAUCACAAAAUCAGCCUCUUCUGGCUCUCUUUUCAUUAUGCCAUAUUUGGAAUUGCUGACAUGUUUACACUUGUGGGGCUCAUGGAGUUCUUUUAUACUGAGGCUCCUGUUGGCAUGAGGUCUCUGUCCACUUCCUUCUCUUGGCUCUCUCUGUCCAUUGGCUACUACUUGAGCUCGGUUUUUGUUGAGCUCAUUAACUUGAUCACCAGCAAGCUUACAAAGAGCAAGACAGGGUGGCUAGAAGGGCGUGACAUGAACAAAAGCCACGCGGACCUUUUCUAUUGGUUCCUGGCAAUUCUCAGUGUGCUGAAUUUUGCAGUUUAUGUUUGGUGUGCCAAAUGGUACAAGUAUAAGAACAAUGUUUCACUCGAUGAGGAAAUGUUGCUCAAAGCCGGUGGACGAAAAGAUGAUCAAUCUUUCUCUGCAAGUGUAAGCAUUGUGUCCAAGGCAGAAGAGAAAGAAGAAAAACAGAACGGAGCCAAGUAA